GAGGAAAAAAUUUAGCAAUCAAACCAUCAAAAAUGGAAAAAAAUUUCCAUGAAAAUUCUCCGCAGGCCCUCAGAUUAAUAAAGGAUAAUUUUAUUCUUCACAAGAGUAUUAUUUUUGACAUCCAUGAAUGAUGAAGGAUAAUUUUAUUCUUCUCAACGACUAAGUCCUACCUACCCGAUUCAUAUCCACGUAUCAAGAAGACGAAGCCAAGGAAAAUUGAGUUGAAACCCACCAACAAAUUCUUAAUUUUCUGGGCAAUUCUCGUUUCAGUAAGAGAGAACAUCACUUGAACAUGGGGGUGAGACUAUUUUUUAAGGUGUUGACCCUAGAAGAAUAGCGCUUGGGGGUGGAUUAUCGGGCCUAAUCAUGGCUGAUAAAGGGUUUGAUUGUACCUCACCUGCUAGCUAUAGAUUUUGCUAAAAGUGGUUGCAACUCCCUACAUCAACAAGUCUUACCAAAUAAUAUAAAGAUGCUGUUGAAAUUAAUCUUGGAGUUUUGGAUUUGAAAGGGAAAAAAAGGUUUGAUGAAUAAGUGUUUCAUGUAAAUAGUAGAAGGUUGGAACAAAAUAUUGUGGGUAAAGAAGCAAAGUGAGGGAGGCGUACCGGUGUGCAACUAGUAUUCUGUUCAGCAGACACCGUUAUUUUCAUUGGCUUUUGAUACAUUUGUCAUUUGCUGGAUAAAGGCAAACUCUCAGAUAUCUAAGUAUUUGUUCAAAGAUGGCAUCUGAUAAAGGAGUAGCUAUUGUUCUUAUGGGAGUCAGUGGUGCUGGAAAAUCAACAGUAGGCGCAAUGCUGGCAAAAGUAAUCAAUGGACACUUUCUUGAUGCUGAUGACUACCAUCCACAAUCAAACAAAGAGAAGAUGCAGAAUGGGAUCCCUCUUUCAGAUGAAGAUCGCAUUCCUUGGUUAGAAACUCUACGCGAUUCCCUACGGGUUGGCUUGUUGAAUGGAGAAACUGCAAUUCUUGGAUGUUCGGCUUUGCAAAAGCGGUACAGAGAAAUUCUUAGAUCAGCUGAUCCAGAUUAUAUACCAGGUUCUUAUUUAUGUACGGUAAAGUUUGUUCUGUUGGAGGUUCCAGCUGAGGUGCUUGCUGCUCGACUAGAGAAAAGAGCUGCGGAGGGGAAUCAUUUCAUGCCCGCUAAGCUCUUGGAAUCUCAAUUGGCUUUGCUUCAGAUCGAGGAAGCCGAAGAGAUAAUGAAAGUGGAUGCUUCACUAGACCCUCAAGCCAUUGUUAGAACUAUACAAGCUUCAAUCUGAAUUUAUAAAGCCAUUUAUCUUGAUGUAUUAAGAGGGUGUUUGUUAUUGCUUAUAAGUACAAAAAUGAGUAUUGCACAAUGCCUGAUUACUUGAUUUCGAUUUGGAAGAGUUCUUGUAACUUGAUAUUUGUGGAAGAGUCUCCAUUACCAAAUUAAUUCAAAUAUUAAAUGAUGA